GCAGCAGCAUCUGCAGCAGCAUCUGCAACAACCCCUGCAGCCGCACCCGCAGCAGCGGUCACACCCGCAGCAGCACCCGCAGCAGCAGCAGCCGCCCCCAUCCCCCAGGCCGCAGCGAGCCCCGCGCCCUCCGGGAGAGAAGGCGGCAGGCGGCCGGGUCCUCCGGCCACCCGCCGUCCGGCAGGGACCCCUGUGUCCUCCGGCCACCCGCCGUCCGGCAGGGACCCCCGUGCCAUGGCCACGGCCAGCGCCCUGGAGAGCCUGCAGGUGGAGGCCAGCUGCUCCAUCUGCCUGGACUACCUGAACGACCCGGUGACCAUCGACUGCGGGCACAACUUCUGCCGGUCGUGCAUCGCCCGCUGCUGGGAGGACCAGGAGGCCCACUUCCCCUGCCCGGUCUGCCGGCGCCGCUUCCAGCUGAGGAACUUCAGGACCAACCGCCAGCUGGGGAACGUGGCGGAGAUCGCCCGGCAGCUGGAGACCAAGAGGAGCAAGAGGAAGAGGCGGGAAGAGACCGUGUGCGAGAAGCAUCACCGGGCCCUCAGCCUCUUCUGCGAGAAGGAUCAGGAGGUCGUGUGCCUGGUCUGCCGCAUCUCCUGCGACCACCGGGAUCACAGCGUGCGGCCCGUCGACAGAGCGGCCCCGGCGCAGAAGAAGAGGCUCCGGAGUUACCUCGGCCCUCUGCGGAGGCAGGUGGAGGACGUGCGGAAGUUCAUCUCCAGCGAGCAGAGGAAACCGGGGGCGCUGAGGGACAAGGUCGAGGGCCGCCGGCAGAAAUUAGCCUCCGAGUUCGAGAAGCUCCACCAGUUCCUCAAUGAGGAGCAGCAGGCGGUCCUCAGGAGGCUGGAGGACGAAGAAAAGGAGAUUCUCCAGAAACUGAACGAGAACGUCACCAAACUCUCCGACCACGGCUCCUCCCUCAAUAAACUGAUAAGCGAGAUCGAGGAGAGGUCUCAGCAGUCGGCGGUGGAAUUGCUGAAGGGCAUCAAAAGCACCCUGAGCAGGUGUGAAAAUAUCAAAAUUCCAGCGGCGGUCUCCAUCGAACUGAAGAAAGACACGUGCAGCUUUCCCUUGCAGCAUUUUGCUCUGAAGAAAAUGAUCCGCAAAUUCAAAGCCGACGUAACCCUGGAUCCCGAGACGGCGCAUCCCAACCUGAUCCUCUCCGAGGACCGUAAGAGCGUAAGGUUCGGGGACACGAAGCAGGAUCUUCCCGACAACCCCGAGAGGUUCACUUAUUAUCCGUUCGUCCUGGGUUCCGAGGGAUUUGCCUCGGGCAGGCAUUACUGGGAAGUGGAAGUGGGGGACAAAACCCAGUGGACCCUGGGGGUUUGCAGAGAGUCCGUCACCAGGAAAGGAAAGAUCACGCCGUCACCCGAAGGCGGCUACUGGAGGUUACGGCUGUGGAAUAGAGACGUAUACGCCGCUCUCACUUCGAACCCAACGCCGCUUCUCUUGAGAGUCAAGCCUAGGCGGAUUGGCAUUUUUCUGGACUAUGAGUUGGGCGAGGUGUCCUUUUACAACAUGAACGAUCGAUCUCACAUCUAUACCUUCACCGAGACUUUCACCGAAAAACUUCGGCCUUUUUUUUACCCCGGAGUGCACUCGACUCCUCUGAUAAUCAGACCGUCUCUCUCCACAGUGUAUGGAGAACGUACGGAAACCUACCGAAGAACAGCAUUGCAAACUGAAUUCCAGAAAAUCAUCUCAAAAAAGCCUACGCCUCUGCAGUCUUGGCCGGUGCAAUCUGAAGCUUUUGAAAUCACUCCAGUUGGUUGGAAGUGUCAGUCCGUUCAAGAUCAUAGUCUUUCUUCUGUAAAAUAUAUAUUUUUAAAGUGGUCAUGUCAGAAAAGGCCCAAGGAUAAACCAGCAUUUGCAAGAGUUGCUAACGAGGUUACUCCCCCCAGCCCCAGUUUUGUGGAAUGUGAAAAGGCAAUUUUGACACCUUGCUUUCUAAUGAAACAGGCAUUUUUGCGAGCAAAGACAAAUCUGACUAACCACAGAAUAAACCGCUGUAUCCUCCUUGACUGAAGACCCCUUUCAGCCACAAACUCUUCCCGUUGUAAAUCCCAGAAAUGGGGGUGGCAGAAGAAAGAGGGAGGAAAGAGAAGCUAUCGUGUUAUUAGGGUGAAUGUGGCUACUUGAUCUUUUUCUUUCCUAAUACAUCAAAUUCUUCCAUAAUGUGCCUUUUACAAUUAGAGAAUGUUUAAAUUUUGAAUAUAAAACUUUAAUUGCCCAAAGUGCUCUCACAUUUCUUAUCUCACCUUUGUCCUCACACCCUCUCUGUGAGGUGGGGACAGGCAGGAACAGUGGUCUCCAUUUUACAGAUGAGACAUCUGAGGUCCACUGAGGCCAAACAACUUACCCGUGGGGUGACUGCGGCCGGUGACACGGCUGGGCGUAGAACCAGAGGUCUUUGAUUCCCCUACCUCUAUCUGUCCCACCGCAUCAUCACUGCACAUCUUUCUAGGAUGCAGUUGGAUAUCAGAAGAAACGGCUGUGUGUACGCACGCAUAAUCAUGGUAUUUAUUAAGCACUUACUAUGUGCUAAGGGCAGGAAUAGAUGUAAAAGAUAAUUGGAUCAGACACAGUCCCUGUAGGGAAAGCAGUUAGAACAACUUUUCUGAAAAGCGGGGUUUGUCAGGAACAUAACCCCCAGAUAAUGGGAUUGCUCGGUGUAAUGUUACGGAGGUCUAGCAGGAGAGAGAGAGAUGAAAGC